AUGCAAAAUAACGAUGUAUUGAUCGCAUUGUUUAUUGUCAUAGCCUUAAUUUUUGUUCCUUGCUCCUUUGUGUUCCUGCUAGUUUCGGAACGUUCAUCGUCAGCUUUGCAUCUUCAGGAAAUGGCUGGCCUGUCUCCUCUUUUAUACUGGACUGUAAACUAUGUGUUUGAUAUCUUUAUGUAUAUGCUUACCGCAUCAUGUACAUUACUCGUUAUCUAUUUACUUGGAACAUCUGUCUACUCGUCUGCAGCUACAAUUAAGGCGUUUGCCGUACUCACCGUUCUAUUCGGGAUCUCUUCUAUACCUCUGGUCUACGUGGUGAGUUCAUGCAACAUGCAAGUCAACAUUCUGCCUUCUGCAGAACACGUAGCCAUAGAAAUUCAGUUUUCAUUCUUUUUCUCGAACGCUUCAACUGCAUACAUAGUUCUUAUCAUGGGUUCAUUAUUUCUGUCAAUGUUCUUACUCUUCACAUCAUUUUUCUUGCAGGUCAGUUGUUUGUUUCCUUUUUUACUGUUUGGGGAUACGCUUACAUUUUUUAGUUAUUUGGUGUGGAGUCAACGAUGCUAGCU